AUGCAUAAAGUACGGACAACGUCGCUCAAAGACUUCUUAGGUAUACGUAGCCAUAUAUCUAUCACAUCCAAAUCCAACCCAUCCAAUGGCUCGUCAAUCUACCCUAGUCCAAAUACCGCGUUAUGCUCUACGUGCGCCGCCAUCGAUUUUCAUGCCAUGCUCGCAGAAGGCGUCUCCAAAGAGAACGCCGUUCCAUUGGGCCCGCUGCUGGACAUUGUGCAGAAAGCCAAAGCGCCGACACCAUGCGCGUUCUGUAGGCUGGUCGACACUGCAUUCCAGCGGUCCUGGGCGUUGGAUAGCUUACCGGCCGAUCUGCACGAAGAGCUACGCAGCGUGACGUGUAGUUUAUACUCAGAAGUACGGGGCUGCUUUACCAGCCCGCUGCCGCCUUUGAAAGAACAUUGCCACCGGCUGAGUGUCCUCCCUUCGAAGCGUCCUCCACGGAUUUCCCAGUUAUCGAUGGCAGCACGCACUCGCCUUGUCCAAGAUAUCCAACUAAUGGAAGAGGACGCACUGUUAUUCAAUCGCAAGACGGACGCUCAUGGUAGGAAAGUAGAAGACGUCGUCGAUAUUGGGUUACUGAAGACGUGGAUGAAGCGCUGCAAGGACGGACAUGAGGACGUUUGCGAGAAGGUCUGGUGGAGGGAUUGGAAGGAGCGCCUACCGAAGACGGUGAGGAUGGUAGAUGUGAAGAAGAUGCGCAUUAUACCUGUACCCGACGAUUGCCGGUACAUUGCGCUGUCGUACGUUUGGGGUGGAGUUGGCUCGACGUACCAAACCAUGCAAGAGAAUAUCUCGAGGCGCAUGAGGACUGGAGGACUGGACGUAUCGAUUCUGCCGGCUACGAUUGUCGACUCUAUCGAGUUAUGCAAACGACUCGGGGAACGAUACCUGUGGAUCGACGCACUCUGUAUCGUCCAGGAUAGUCCAGAUGAUAAGGCGAUGCAGAUUGGGGUGAUGGAAAUGAUAUACGGAGGGGCAUUCGUAACUUUGUUCGCUGUUGGAGGACAGGAUGCACGCGCCGGUCUUCCCGGCUUUCGGCCAGGAACACGGGAAAAACAUCAAACCAUCGAAGUGGUGAAAGAUCUACAUCUCGCCGUGCCUUUACCUGACCUCAAAGAAGUACUGGCGAAGUCCGUAUGGGGGACGAGGGGCUGGACAUACCAGGAGGUAAUGCUCUCCCGGCGGCGAAUUUUCUUUACCGAGCAGCAAGUCUACUUCCAAUGUCUAGAAGAUAUCUGGGCCGAGGACGUCUUCGCUGAACAUAGAGGAGAAUCGGACGCCUACCACCCCCUACGCUUUACGGGAGUCAUGAGCUUCAUGUUCAGAGACGCGCCUUCGCGCGAGAUGGCAAAACUCUUCACCAGCGGGUAUCAAUCCGUAGUCGACGAAUACACACCCCGAAACCUCACUAAUGAGCUCGACGCUAUUGACGCCGUCUCCGCGUUGAUCACCACCAUAUCCAAGGCGUACAGACUAGACAAGACAGCAUUCCAGUACGGGAUGCUAUUACGAGAUCUAGACAAUGCUAUGCUGUGGAGUCCCGUGGAUAGCGCGGCACUUGUGCGUCGAGCGAUUCCAGCUGGAUCUCCGUGGCCUUCGUGGUCGUGGGUCGGCUGGCGCGGGGGCAUCCAGUACUUGGAUAAAUGGUCGUUCGGUGGAAGCCAUCCCGGCGUAUCUGAAUCCUUGGUCGAUACGUGGUAUAUCGUCGAAGGCGGAACUGCCAAGUCGAUAGACGUCCGCCGAACAGGUCCCUCAGGCUUCCCGACGCAGAAUAAGAGGUAUUCUCAUCCGAAGGGCCCAGUGGACGUGCAGAAGAUUCCGCGGCUACCUGAAGGAACUCUCGUAUUUCGGACAACGGUUGCUACGUUUGAAGUAGGGGAGCUAGACACUCUGAAGAGUGAUAGGACCGCUGAAGUUCAGAAUGGGUUGUUCGCUCUCAUGAGCGGGGGCCCUCGUGUAGCCGCUGCUGGACGGAUAUUCAUACCUUUACAAACCAAAGCCGGAUCGCAGCCUGCCUUCACGAAAGUUGAACUCGUCGUUCUGUCAAGAUGCGGCGGAGAAACGGGAAUCUACGACGAGAACAUCUAUGGUAAAAUGUACUCUUCGUCGUUUUUAUAUGUAAUGGCCGUGAAGCCUACAGAAGCCGACUCCGCCAGGAAAGUGGGAGUAGUAGAGAGGAUCGGCUUGGGGAUCAUAUUUGAGCAAGCGUGGUUGGAGGCGAACACAGUAGAGAAAGUGGUGUACCUUGCUUAA